AUGGCAGAAAUCGCAGCAGGCGCUGUCGUAGCUGAGCAGGUCGUUUCCACUGGCAUCGAGGCUGGAGCGGCCGUCGCUGUGGCACGCCCAACCCAGCCUCUGAAGGUGUCACUGUCCCAGGUCGCCACCACCCAGUCCCCCGCUUUCGACACGUCCGCUCUUGCACGUUCCCACCAUUCAGUCACCGUCGUCAACCACAAGGCAUGCAUCUUCGGCGGCGAGACAGCAGAGGGCGAGCUAGCUUCUACUGACUUCCAUGUCCUCUCCUUGCCGGCCAUGACCAAGGGUGAGCCAGUUGCAGCCUAUGCUUGCUAUCCGGCAUUCGCAAUGCAGGAUGCAGAGACCGGCAAGACCUACGUCCCUUCCCCGCGUUCAAGACAUGCGGCGGCAGCCCGCGGCCAGUUCGUGAUCGUCAAUGGCGGUGCUGAUGCCAGUGGAAAGCCCAUCGACGAGACGUGUCUCUGGCUAUGGGACUCUGAGAGUUUGAAGUGGACCAAGAUCCAAGGAGCAAGCCAGAUUGGCAAGACCAUCACCCCGAGAUUCGACCACCACAUCUUUGUCGAGCAGACCCAGGACUUCCUGGUUCUUCACGGAGGACGGACUGCACCAGGACAGGAGGCAUCUACCGAGACGUGGAUGUACAACUUUGACACUCUCGCCUGGACAGCGUUGCCGCCUUCUCCUCAGCCUCCUCUCGCGGCCGCCUUCGUGGAUAAUGUUCUUUAUACCGUCGGGGCUGACUCUAACAUGAGCGGUGCUAUCCACUACAUGGACCUCAAGUCAAACGCCGAGGACCGCGAGAAGCCCGACGCUCUUCAAUGGAAGACCAUCAACUUCCCUACCAACCCACUCACUCCGGGUCCCCGCCCACGCGAAGGCGGCGCACUCGUGCCAGUAGACACUGGUCUUGGCAGACACUACCUCGUCUAUAUGUUUGGCACGAACAGCACUUCAGCCGAAAAGGACUUCUACACUGAUAUUUGGGCCCUUCAGCUCCCCACUCACGGCUUCAGUGCGGCCGCUGUGAAGGAUGCGAUCCGUGACAAGCUGCCUCGUGUUGAUUCUGGCGAGUUCAGCUGGGCAGAGGUGGAGCUCAUUCCGACAGAGGAAGUCAAGACGGAGGGAAAGGCGCACCCCGGACCACGUGGAUACUUUGGCGCAGACGCAGCGGAUGGAAAGAGUCUCGUCUUCUGGGGCGGCGUCAGUGCGCUGGGCAAGGAGGGCGAUGGAUGGCUGCUUCAGGUCCAGGCGACGCUUGACCAUGCAUCUUCCAUCUACAUCAACUCCAUGCAUCUGUCUCAAAUCAACACAAUACAAGCAUUGCAGUACGACGAACCCACUACAAAAGACUCGCCCUUCUCCAUCACUAUGGGUGCCAUCUUCAGCCGCCAGCCGCGCAACCGCCAGCCGCGCAAGAUCACGACAGAAAACGCCACCAAAGAUGUUCAUUCCGAUAUCGUGUUCACCUAUCUAUCAGAUUCAGGACAGACGGAUCUUUCGAAAGUAGAAUGGGAGGCUAUACUGUAUAUCAAAACCAAGGAUCUCAAGCAAGUCCUGCAAAAAGGCCUCAUCAUCUCGGAAGACAACGUUCAACCCCAAUCCGGUUGUAUCACGUUCAAAAAGUGUCCCGGUAUUCUUCGAAUCAAUGACUGGGUCCAUACCCGUCGGUACAUUUUGUCUGGCAAAUCGUGUGGCGGAUGGACGGCGCAUCUCGCGGUUGGGGCGCGCGAAAUCGGUCCGCUUGCGAAAUUUCGAAUGGCCGAUCUCAUUGGCCAUGCGGAUAUGGGUGAAGCUAUCAAUGAGGAGUUACAAUUGGUGUAUUGCUAUGAUGCUCAACUUGGGGUGUCUGUCUUUACAUGGAGUACGGAUGAGGGCUCUGAGCCAUGGUGGCCUAUGCUGGUUACUAUUCUCCCGCGGAAGACAGAGGUUUUGGCGUCAGGGGAUGACGUGAAGGGCAAUGCUGCUGGUAUCGGUGAGCCGGUAACUGCAUCUGGUGGAAAGACCAAGAAGGGCUAG